GCCGAGCACAAAAAGCCCGCAUACGGGUGGUAGUCGUGCAUCGGCCAAAGAGAAAGGGAAGGAGAAGAUCCAGGUAGAGGUCCCGCACACCAAUGGAAACGGGAACGGGGGGCAUCCCUUACACUCACCCCGUUUCCUGAACGGCAAGAGGGAGGGAGAUAGCGCAGGAGAGGAGAAGGAGUACACGAGUACACGCGACAGAUACCGCCUUAAGAUGGGUAUCGAGUACAAAAGUGUAGAACACGCACGGCUGCAGGAAGAUGAGGCGCACGAGUUCUACUGGAAGCGGUGGGGCCCCUAUCUCUCGGAGAGACAAUGGGCAACAGUCCGUGAGGAUUACUCCGCCGAUGGUAAUGCAUGGGCUGCCUUUCCCCACGCUCAUGCACGCUCUCGUGCUUAUCGCUGGGGAGAAGAUGGUCUUGCCGGACUGUCCGACAACCAUCUACGGUUAUGCUUCUCUCUGGCCCUCUGGAACGGUGUCGAUCCCAUUCUCAAGGAGCGGUUGUUUGGCGUCACUGGCCAUCAGGGAAACCACGGCGAGGAUGUCAAGGAGAUGUACUGGUAUCUCGACAGCACGCCAACACACUCGUACAUGAAGUUCUUGUACAAGUAUCCACAGAAGCCGUUCCCGUAUGAGGAACUGGUCAGCGAGAAUCAGAAACGGAGUAGGGAUGAGCCAGAAUACGAGAUUAUGCACACUGGUAUAUGGAACGAGGACCGGUAUUGGGAUGUGUUCGUGGAGUACGCAAAAGAUGACGAUGAGCCGAACGCGACAUCCAUUCGUAUAACCGCAUACAAUCGCGGUCCGGAUCCCGCGACUCUGCAUAUUAUCCCGCAGUUGUUCUUCCCAAACUCAUGGUCAUGGUCCAACCCACCCGUCACUGGCCCUGCGAAGCCAAUGAUGCAUGCGUCCAAGACGCAACCCUAUACGAUCACCGCAAACCAUCCAACCAUGGGGACGACGCGUCUGUUCUGCACACCAUCCCCACCCCCUGUUGCACCUACAGAGGCGGGAGGUGUGGUCGAAGUGGACGGUGAGAGUGUUCUGCCCGAGCUUCUCUUUACCGAGAACGACACAAACUUCGAACGGCUAUGGAACGGCAAAAACGCAAGCCCGUACGUGAAGGACGCGUUCCACGACCAUAUCAUCCCCUCACAUCGUCCGAAGAAAGACCGUCAGACGAAGAAAGAAAAGGAGCUUUUCGAGGAGCCAGAUCAGGAUACGCAUAAGAAGACGACAGGACCGGAAGCACCACCACGGACGGAACCGAAACACUAUGUCAACCCCGCACAGAAGGGCACCAAAUCCGCUGCGCACUACGUCUUCCGAGACGUACCCCCACGUGGAGGGUGCGCUGUCGUGCGUCUGAAGCUAACAUCGCGCAAUCCUGAUGAAGAUCAAGCUAUUUGGGAUGAAGAGAUAUUCGACGACAUCGUUGAAGAGAGGCGAGAGGAGGCGGAUGAGUUCUAUAACCAACUCGCGGGCUCGGUUUCCGAUGAUUUCAAGAAUGUCAUGCGGCAGGCGCUUGCAGGCAUGCUUUGGUCAAAACAAUUCUACCAAUUCAUUCAAGAUCAAUGGAUCAAGGGGGAUCCGGGCCAACCUCCGCCCCCACCAGAGAGGAAGUGGAUUCGCAAUCAGCACUGGAAGCACCUUUAUAUUGCAGACAUUUUGUCUAUGCCCGACAAGUGGGAAUACCCAUUUUUCGCUGCCUGGGACAGUGCCUUCCACUGCAUCCCACUUGCAAUGGUUGACCCCGCGUUUGCCAAAAAACAGCUCGAUCUGCUUGUGCGCGAGUGGUACAUGAAGCCUGAUGGGCAAAUCCCGGCAUACGAGUGGAACUUCUCUGAUGUCAAUCCUCCUGUUCACGCUUGGGCAACAUUCAGGGUGUUCAAGAUCGAGCGGAAGAUGAAAGGUGGUCAUGGGGACCUCAAGUUCUUGGAGCGGGUUUUCCAGAAGUUACUGAUCAACUUCACUUGGUGGGUCAACCGCAAGGACCAAGACGGCCAGAAUGUCUUCGAAGGAGGUUUCCUGGGUUUGGAUAAUAUCGGUGCGUUUAACCGUUCUGAACCACUCCCUACUGGUGGCGACCUUCGUCAAGCCGACGGCACUGCCUGGAUGGCAUUCUACUCUCUUGUCAUGCUCUCCAUCGCACUCGAGCUCGCUAAGCAUAACGACACAUACGAGGAUAUCGCGUCGAAGUUCUUCGAGCACUUCAUCUUCAUCGCAGACGCAAUGACAUACCGCGGAGACGAAAAUGACGAAUUGAGCUUGUGGAACGAGCAGGACGGCAUGUACUACGACGCCAUCCAGUGGGGAGUUGGGAGUACACAGCAGCUCCCGAUUCGAAGCUUGGUCGGACUCAUUCCACUAUUUGCAACCCUCACGCUCGAGCCGAGCACAAUCGAUCGGUUCAAGGGAUUCAAGAAGCGCAUGGAGUGGUUCAUCGACAACAGGCCGGAGAUGUCACAGCGUAACAUGGCGAAUAUGCGAGCCCGUGGUCGUGGUGAACGCCGUCUUCUCGCUCUGGCCAGCGAGGACCGUCUCGUUCGAAUUUUGGAGAAGAUGCUUGACGAAAAGGAGUUUUUCAGCGAGUUCGGUAUUCGCUCGCUCAGUUUACACCAUAAGGAGCAUCCAUGGGGCAUGCAUGUAAAUGGCGAGUACUUCGGCGUCGAAUACUGGCCGGGCGACUCAAAGAGCGGCAUGUUCGGCGGCAACUCGAACUGGAGAGGUCCAAUCUGGCUGGCGACCAACUUCUUGCUGAUUGAGUCCCUGCAACGGUUCCACCAAUACUACGGCGAUGCGUUGCAGGUCGAAUGUCCUACAGGCAGUGGAGACUACAUGAACCUUGCCCGUGUUGCUGAGGAAGUCCAGCACCGGAUCAUCCACAUCUUUGCUCGAGAUCCUGAAGGUAGUCGAGCCACAAACGGAGGCGUUGCCAAGCUAGACAAAGACCCUCACUUUAGGGACUACGUCUGGUUCCAUGAAUUCUUCCAUGCCGAUGAUGGUAGAGGAUUGGGGGCAUCGCAUCAAACCGGGUGGACCGGUUUAGUGGCGUACCAUAUCGUCCAGAGUGGUUUGACUUGCCGUCUUCCGAAAACCCCGAGAACACCUCGGUCCAUUGCCCGCCAUUACUUUGACGAGCAUAUCGAACCCCACUCCGAAGUGGGCACUCCGGGGUAUUCGAUUACUAGCGCAUUUACAUCAGCCGACUAUAUGAGUCUUGCAGAUACAGAACCGGAGCCUGACGACCUGUGAUUUGCUUUACACCUAUCGGCCAGGGAUGAACCUUCGAAGGAUCCCUUCAGGAAGGUUGUUGAUGAGAAGCGACGAGGUGUAUGCGAUGACACAAUUUACAUGCGUAAUUAGCGAGCAC